AUGAGUCUCCAGCUGUGUCCCAGAGGCUUCUACUGCCCCAAAGGUACAGGCCUGGACUGGCAGCCCUGCCCCCCAGGCACCUAUGGCCCUGAGCUCGGGCUGAGCACCCUGCAAGGGUGUCAAGUCUGUGGUGGGGGCAGGUUCUGUCCGGUGGCCAACGCAACAGAAGCCAGUGGACAGUGUUGGGAGGGCUUCUUCUGCACCAGAGGCUCUACCCGACCAAACCCAGAGCCCAGCACUGAAGAGGAAGCCGGCCCUUGUCCUCGGGGAUACUACUGCCCGAGGGGCUCAGCUGUGUCCCAGCCCUGCCCACCUGGUACCUUCAACCCCUGGCUCAAGCUCAACUCUGAGGCUGCCUGCUCCCUGUGCCCGCCUGGCCAUUACUGUGGCUCUGCUGGCCUCACACACCCUUCUGGGCUGUGUAGUGAAGGCUUCUUCUGCCUUGGAGGGGCCAUCACCCCAAACAAAUCCCUGGAAGACAGGACUGGUGGCCCAUGCCCUGCAGGACACUUUUGCCCCCCAGGCACGGCCUCCCCAAAGCCUUGCCCAGCAGGCACUCACAAUACCAGGAUUGCUCAGGGAGGCUGUGAACCAUGUCCCCGGGGAUUCUUCUGCCCAGCCAACACCUCCUCCAUAGUGGGGAAUGAGUGUCCCACUGGCCAUUACUGCCCAGCCUCUACCACCUUUGCUUCACAGUUCCCUUGCCCCAGGGGCACAUACAAUCCACAGAAAGGCGCUAUCCAACAAUCAGACUGCACACUCUGUGAGCCAGGAUCCUAUUGUCUCCUGCCUGGGCUGGUGGCCCCAUCAGGACCCUGCAGUAGUGGGUUCUACUGCGCUCAUGGAGCAUCUGUCUGGAAUCCCAUGGAUGGGAUCACAGGAGACCUCUGCCCUCCAGGACACUUCUGUCCCCGAGGCAGCCCCCUCCCAGCUCCAUGUGCUCCUGGCUCCUUCCUCCCUAUCCGGGGCGCCAUGUUGAUGGAGAACUGUCAGCCAUGCCCAGCAGGCUGGUUCUGCUCCCGGGCCGGCCUGAGCUCCCCAGAGGCCCUGUGUGAAGGAGGCUGGUACUGUCCUAGGGCCUCUGUCUCCGGGCACAGUCCAGACACCAUCUGCCCACCUGGGCACUGGUGCCCCUCUGGCAGCCUGGAGCCUCAGCCCUGCCUUCCUGGGCAGUAUCAGGAUGAACCUGGACAGAGUUUCUGCAAGACAUGCCCUGCUGGGAAGUUCUGUCCCAUGGGGACCCAGGGUCAAGGAUCCAGGCUCAUUAGUCCAGUGGAUUGUCCUGCUGGCUACUACUGCCCUCCAGGUACUCAGAGCCCAACCCAACACCCAUGUCCCAGGGGCACCUUCCGAGAGAGACCAGGGGCACUCAGUGCCAAGGACUGCAGUCCUUGUCCUGCAGGACAAUUCUGUGCUGAUUCAGGAUCUGGGAAACGCUUUCCAGAUGGCCCAUGCUCAGCAGGAUAUUACUGUCCGCCUGGCCAGACCUCAGCUACCCGCAAGUCUUUCCGGUGCCCCAGUGGCUUCUACUGUCCCGAGGGAUCUCCUCAGCCAAGAGCUUGUGGGAAGGGAACCUUCCAGUCCCAGGAGACACAGGGCUCCUGUGAUCCUUGCCCAGCAGGUUUCUACUGUGAAGCCUCCAGCACAGACCCAGCAGCCCAUGGCCCCAGCCUGUGUUUCCAGGGAUACUUCUGUCCCCCUGGCUCACACUCAGCCACUGCACACCCAUGUCCUCGAGGUACAUUCGGGCCCAAGAGAGGGGCCACUGCAGAGCUGGAUUGUGAGCCGUGCCCAGCAGGGAUGUUCUGCUCAUCAGAAGGGCUACCUCAACCAUCUGGGCUCUGCCACUCUGCUCACUACUGCACAGGGGGCGCCAUAUCUCCCACCCCCAUCAAACACCAAGUGGAGGUGCCUGGACUUUCUGGGAAUGAUAUCUGCCCCCCUGGCUUCUUCUGUCCCAGAGGAACAGGAUUUCCACUUCCAUGCCCCCCUGGGUUCUACUCCUCUACACCUGGCCUGGACAGCAAGGACCAGUGCCAGCCAUGCCCUGUGGGGCACUACUGUAGCCAUCCUGGGCUGUCCAGCAUCCUAGAGGCCAGGCUCUGCCAUGCAGGGUCACUACUGCCCAGCAGGGACAUCCUCCCCUCACCCCUGCCCAGAGGGAACUCUGAGCCCAAGGGAAGGUGCUCCUUCCUCCAGGGCCUGCCUGCCCUGUCCUGCAGGGAGUUAUUGCCCUGGAGAGGGCAACGGGCAGCCUGAGGGACCCUGCUCAGCUGGUUACUACUGCAAGGGCGGUGCAGCUAGCCCCACACCCUGGGGAAAUGGUGCCUUCACCCUCAAUGGGCCCUGCCCCCAAAGCCACUA